AUGGAUCGACUGAAAGCGAAACGUGCAAGCCGACGAACGCAAACUACGAAAAUUCUGAACGAGGCCACAUCAACUCUGAAAGACGGAACUGCUGCACCGGAAGUGCUGAAUGCGCUCAUUCAACGACUCACGCCAAGCCACACUGAACUCCUAGCGCUCAAUGAAGCAAUAGAACCCCUUGUACAAGACUUCGAAGCUGAAUGCAAUACAGUUCUGGACUACGAAGAUAAAGUGACAGAAGCUAAAGCCAACCCUAACUGGAAGCUGUCCCAGCUACAGAUAACUUGUAGCUCAACGAUCGGAACUACUACUGGGCAACGAGGUGGAGGAUCAACGACGUCAACCCGACGCACUGGCGUCAAACUCCCGAAACUCAAACUUACCACGUUUGGCGGCAAUCUGUGUGAGUGGCACGGUUUUUGGGAACAAUUUAAAGCCACAGUGCACGAUAACGGAGAUCUACAAAAAAUCGAGAAAUUUCAGUACCUCCGUUCCUUACCGUCGGGACAAGCAGCGGCCGCUAUCGCGGGGCUACCUGUUUCCGAAGCAUCUUACGACAACUCCACAGAAAUCCUGACUGAGCGUUUUGGAGACAAGGGAAGAAUCGAGAAGCAGCUCUUGUGA